UAACACCGCUCAGUUCCUCAUAUCCUUUCACAUACAACCCAUUCUGCUUUUUCAAAUUAUUAGCUAGCUAUAAUUACCUCAUAUGAAGCUCUAAGGGACCAAAUUGUGCCUUAGCUCAGCCUCAACCGGGGAUACCGGAUACCGGAUAGGUCAAAAAGUCUAUUCGGUCGCCCUUCUGAUACUAUCCAUGACCUCUACUCCAUACUGCGAUACCUUCAUCUCCUUGCUCAAUUGAACUUUGCAAUUAAGAGUCUACCUCUUCCAAACUUAUCCAUAUAUAUUCUUCAUUUUCUGGCCUCGCCUCCCAUUAGUUCUAUUGUUUUGAGACUUUUCGAAGCAACCGAUUCCGAAAAGGGUCAACAUCAUUCUGUAACAAGGCCAGGCCUGACUGAGACUUACAAAUAUACCCUUGGAUUGAUCUUCCACUUUUGGAGCAUUUAUAUGGCAUGGAUAUGGAUAACAAAACACCCCGACACAGUUCGUCCUCGUUGAAUGCCUAUUCACUGCAUACUUUGAGCAACUCCGACUGAUCGCAAUACAGGAACUGCAUGUGACACAUGCAAGCGAAUGAAGGUAUUCAAUCACAGAGGCUCCUUUACUUUUCGCCUAUGAAUUUACUUAUGUCCAUCAGAUCAAAUGCGAAUGGGACCAAGAAGGAAUAUGCAAUCGCUGCCAGGGACGGGAGAUAAAUUGUACCGUCACGGCCAAGGUACGGAAAAAGAGGGAGAAAAAGAAGUACGAAACAAUUGAAUCAAUAACCAGCGCAUCUAAUUGAUUUAUAGGAAUAGUCACGUUUCUCUCUUAGAAGCUAAAUUGAAACGUAUGGAGCAUGUUAUGACAAAUUCCGGACUUAGCGUGGAUGCUUCCCGCAGUGACAGACAGCCAUCAGAAGAGAUAAAUGAUCAAGCUGCAAUGUUGGAAAAGUUCUCUGCACUUAAUAUAAGUGACACCGGAGUUGAAGAAUUUUGGGGUGAGUCGAUUCCGAAUCACGCUCAGUGGUACUCUGGUUAAAUAUCGUCAGGUGCCGCUUCUGGAUUUUUUAUAUUUUCUCCACAUGGCCUUCAACGUGUCAGUAAAUUGACUGGAAACGACCAAUUUGCGAACUAUAUAGGUGUUGCAAACCAUAAAAGAAUGUCUCAAUACUCCGUCCCAGCGUCGCUAUGGUAUGCAAUGCCUGAUCAUAAGCACAAACCUCUUCCACCUAGGGAAAUUGCGGAUCAAAUUUUGGAAUGUAAGUCCAUCUGCCACUCCUUAUCAACGCAAAAUUAUAACUUGUGGUCUCAGUUGUUUUUGAUACGCUGAUUCCUUCACUUCCUCUGUUCGACCGGAAGACGUUUAUGGAACGAUACUCACGCCAGUAUCCGGUCAAAUGCUCAGAAAACCCUGCUUGGUACGCCUGCCUUAAUGUCUGUUUUGCUCUUGCUUCGGUUAUACGUAAGGAAAAACUGCCAGCAAGUUCACCCGAAAGUCCAAAAUCUUCAAGCUCCGGAGAACUGGAAAGCUUGCCAUAUUGGGGAUGGCUUCGGAACGCAGCUAGUACUUUUGUUCAUUUACAGUUCGGACCACCGUCCCUUAUGGCCGUACAGGCGAUGGCUGGUUUAGUAAUUCGCUCUCAUUCUUAUUCUACGGUAUAUGUUAACCUUAUGGUAGGCAUUCAUGCUGAACGCACUCUCGGAUGUAUACCCGUGUUCUGUAGUAUCAGCAGCAACAGUUCGACUUGCACAAGCCAUAGGACUCCAUCGCAAAAUAUCUGAUUCUGUUCUUAAUGAGGCUGAAAUAGAACAAAGACGCAACGUUUUCUGGAUUGCUAUCAUGAUCGAACGUGGUGUAGUCAUUCGUCACGGUCGCCCUUCGGUGAUUCAUGAUGAAGAUAUUGGAGUUGACUUACCUCCUGAAAACCAAUAUUCAGAAGAAUUCAAUGGAAGAUUCGUUACGUUUCGCCAUAAUGCAGUCUUAUCUUUACUUCAGGGUCGAAUCUACAAUAGAUUAUAUUCCGCCAAAUCAUUUACAAAAUCCAAAACGGAGAGGUUAAAAAUAGUUGGGAUGCUGGAUGAUGAACUCCAACAAUGGUGUGAGACAAUCCCAGUUGAGGUUCGGCCGGGUUACCCCCUAAAAUGUGAUAAAAACCAUUUUGUUACAGCCGUCUGCAUGCAAUGGGGAUAUUACCAAUGCCUUAUUACAAUUCACAAAGUAUCGUUGUAUUAUGGCCCAGGGCCAUUGGAUAUGGAUGAAGAGGAACCUCAAAGCGACUUAGAUCCUAAAUUGAACCCACGAGUGUAUGCGAGCGCCGCGAUCUGCGUUAAUGCAGCAAGGAAAACAAUCGAUUUACUGAAUAAUUGUUUCAGAUUGUCAAGUCCAGUGGAAGUAAAUAUUUUACGGCAAGUAGAAGUUUUUGUCCAAAUUCAACUAUACUGACAUAAGGCUUAGCAUUUUUAUUCACUACGCGCUUGCAGCACAUGUCUCUCUUUUUGAAAAUGUUCUUGAACACCCUCUUGAUCCACAAGCACAAUAUGAUAUCCAGCUAAUGAACGAUGUAAUAUCGUUUCUUUCUAGCUUCGAAGAUAGUGGUGCAGCGGAGAGCCAUCCGGCAGUCCCGAUAUUUCAAGAAAUGAAUCACGUCGCUGCUGAGCAUGUCAAAAAGGCACAACGUGAAGCCACGCAAUAUACCAAAAGAUCACGAUCUUCAUCUCAUGAUUCUGAAGAACUAUAUACGGAGAGCGAUGAAUCGGAGGAGGAGGACUACUAUAAAGUGGAGGAGGAGGUAAAUAGCAAUAUCAUUGCUGACGUAUGAGUAUUGGUAUUCUUUGAGAUGACUAUGAAGAACUAAUGUUGCACAGGCCCAUGAUCCACAAGUUUCGUUAUCACCUGCAAACUCUGCGAGAUCCCAAGUGUCUCCUGUUCCUCCGAUACAAUCACAAUCCGACAUUCCACCUGAAAUGCGACCAUUCGAUCAUAACUCCUUGAACUACAAGUCCGAGCAUAUUCCUAUGUCUAUGCAACAAAGUUACAAUGUACAACCAACGGCGCAUGAUCCUUACCAAAUUCCCCCCUUUUACGAACACGACGCAAAUCUCCCAGAUUUAAAUUAUCAGCAUCCCCAAGAUCAGCCUGAAAAUUACCAAAAUCAGCCUCAGUACACCUCACAGCUAAAACUAGAGUCUCAAUCUUACCCUUCACACCCCGAUGUACCUACGCCUCACCCAGCCACAGGCUUUUACUUUUCUUCUUCAGAACAACACCAACAGAAUAUAACUCCAUAUCACUCAGAAACAUAUACCAGUACAUUGAGUAAUCCAAACGCCGUUCCUCAAGAUCAAACAAGUACAGGGGAAGAACUUCUGGUCCCGCAAUAUGAGGAUUGGUUUUUUCCAAUGAUGAGUCCAUGGUUCUACGAAGAGCAAUCAGAUAGCAAUCUAAUCGUUGGAGCAGCUGAUGAGAAUGGCGCUGAAGCAUGGAGACAUGAGGGGAAUAAUGGGGAGGGAGGAGGAUUAGAUGGUUGGGCGCCCAUGGGUGAUAAUGUUUAAAAUUAUGAUGCGUAUAGUAAAAUCCGAUUGUGUAAGACUAGGUUAUAGUCUUUGGCCAAGGGCGAAGUGAUGGAUAUAUGCAAUAGGAGAUUACCGAAAGCAACGUACCUAAAUUGCGUCUGCAUCAUUUUGACGAGGCGAUGCCAGCAGGAUGGGUGCAGAUUCAUGAGAAUAUGAUCUCUAAUGCCUGAUUCAAACUUUAACAAUCAAAAUAAUAUUUUCCAAAAAA